AUGCUCAAUGGUAGGAUAAGACCGCUGGGCACGCAGCUUGGAGCAUUGGAAACAUUUGCAAGUGAGGGCGGUUCUAGUAAGGGCACGCCAAAGCUGAUGAACAAAACAUCGGCCCUCACAGUCUUCACUAGAACUUGGGUGUCGAACGGUCCACGCAAGGUCAUGUUGGCGCUGGAUUCCUUUGCAACGAGGGUCUUCCUUGGGCAUGACCCACUCCAGCUCCCAAAGGCCAUCGUGGCAGAUCACAUUGUGAAAGGCCAGCUCAGCCCACCCAUCGGCAGUGGUAAAACGGCCAUCAACAACCAGACAUCCAAUAUGCAAGGCAAACGAUUGCACCACAAUAGCAGUAUAGAACGAGUUAUAGGUCCCACCACGCUCGAUGCGCUCACUCUCCUGCCGCAAAAGGGUUUUGAUCGCUUCGCAUUGACGUUGAAAACAGCAUUCGUGGGUGGCAUUUUUCAUUUGGCGUUUUUGACCGAGUCCCUGGAUCUUGUUCACUUUCUUCGUGGCUCUAAGUAG